CUUCUGGAAGAAAGGCCCAUGUCACACAACCAGAGGGAGCGCCCACGAGCGCCUUGUCAGGGAGGACUUUUCUGCAGCCGCAUUAUUGUCCAGCCUUCAACGAUUUGUUGAAUUCUAGUCUCACAUAGCCUUUCGAAGUAGCUUGUCAAAGCAGCGUGCUGCCUGGUGAGGGGCUUUCUUCUCUCUGCAAGGACAUUUAUUCAGCACAUUGAACCGUCCAAGAGCCCCUCUUUUUGGUAGUCUUUUCAUCGACUUUCUUGUAAUAGCAAUCAGAGAUGGUGCUUUCUUCUGGGUGUUCAAAUCUGCAUCACAUUCAAAGAAAGUGUGGUGCGGCGGGCGGCGUUCCGUCGCAGUACGGUGCUUACAGUAUGUCCCGACAUUCUUUGGUGGAUGUCAAUAACGAGAGCUCUUCUGUGAGAUAGCACCGUUUCAUCAAAAUGGCGCCCACAGGUUUCAGAACGCACGCUGAAAGCCCGCUUCUUGACCAGCUGCCCACCUCUAGUUCCUCGCCCAGAUUCCGAAACAGCACCUCCCGCCCCAAGGCCUUCUCUAAGGCUCUCCCGCUGCCAAUGCUGGUGAGAGAGAGGCCGCUGCGGGUAGCUUUUCUUGUCCUUUUAGCGCUCGUUCUCAGUUUCUUGGCGGUGGUGUCAUGGGCGCAUUUAAACCCCGACACGCGGCUCGGGAGAGAGAUGCACUUCUUUGCGCCUGCAGAGGAGUGGCGGAAAGCGAGGGUGGCAUUUGAAAAGGGGCAGUUUCGGCCGUUGCUAGGUGGGGACUCUCAGAGCGUAUUGACAGCAGGGGGGAAGGAAGAGUUUGGAACGCAAGAUGAGGGGCAUCGAAAUGAAGUUGUGGAGCUUGACAAACCCGAGUCGAGCAAUGUUCAUGAGAACAAAGUGCUAGGUGUUGCGCAAGAAGGCAAUGUAAGAGAAAGUGAAGCAGACACUGAAAAUACGGGCGCGUCAGUGGACAUUGAAGAAGGCAAGACUACCUCUCAGGCCGACGUUCAAAAUGAACUGGGGGUUGCGAACAGCAGUAGCACUGCCCCCCCGGAGCCCCACCCAGUAGUUGCGUUUGUAAUUAAAGCCUUGUCUCAGUUCGGCUUUGAGAAGGAGCCCACUUUAGAAGCGGCCCUCCUGUUGACCACGCCUCCUAAGUUCCCUGGCUCGUAUUCUGAAAGUGGAGCGGGGAAAGAUGAUGACACCAGAAGGAAGGAAAGCGUCUCGGUACGCCAAUCCUUGGAGCACAGCACUGACUUAGAAACAAGUCAUGAAGUCCAUUCGGAACCAGACUCUUCAGCAAACAAGGGUCAGAGCGAAGUCCCAAUUACAACUCACGAACUGGGGGUGCCCAAGAACAUGCGGAAGGGCACCCCCUUGGAACAGCUGAGGCGGGUUAUGCCGGAGCGCCGGCCAAACCCAAUCCCUAACCCCGAGUUUUGGGCUAAGACUUACUAUGGUAGCGGGAGUAGCAUGAGUUGUGACCUGGGGGAUGGGGCGUGGGUCGAGGACGCAGAAUUGGAGCCCCUGGAAACAGCGAAUUGCAGGUACACCGAGGGGGAGCAGUGCGCGUGGCGCAGGGAGUCGGUUCCUAACUACCGGUCGUUCCGGUGGCUCCCAUACGAUUGCGACCUGCCCUUCUUUGACGCAGAGUCGUUCCUCGAGCAGUGGCGCGACAAGACGGUGUUGGUAGUUGGGGACUCCCUCGGGCGAAAUUUCUUCGAGGCGCUGCUCUGCCAGCUGUCAGCCGUUGGGCCGCUCGUUCCGUUGUCGGAAGCAAGCGACCGGGAAAUAAGCGACCGGGAACAAAAUGAUCGGGACAUGCGGGGCCAGGAAAUGAGUGACGGGGUAGUGGACGAAAGGGAAGAGACUGACCGGGAGACGGGAGAAGGGGAAGCGAACAACCGGGAGAGGACGGAUCGGGGGGCCACGGAGCUGUUCUGGAGCGAGCGGUUCAACGUCACGGUGGGCCGGGUGACGUCAGAGUUCCUGGUGAUGCGGGACACGAGCGCCGAGGAGCUCGAGAGGUUCGGCCAGAAAGCGGGCAAGGACCGGUUCCUCUUGUCGCUCGACCGGUUGGAUCCCGCGUGGGAAGCCCUCCUGCCGCGAAUCGACCUACUGAUUCUCAACUCGGGGCACUGGUGGGUUUCGAAAUCGAAGCGAAAAGCGUAUCUGCUGGGGGGCGAGCUUCGACGAGAGCUAGAUAGCUCGGAGGCGUACAAGAUCGCCAUGCGGCACGUGCGGGACGCCGUCGAGGGUUCGGGCUUCAAGGGCGUCGCCAUGUUCCGGACGUUUUCGGACGCGCACUACCACAAGGGCGACUGGGACACUCCGGGGGCGAACUGCAAGAACGGACGGCCCGAGGAGACAAUCAAGCUGUCUAGCAAGCUCUUGAGGUUUCUAAGCGUUCAGGAAGAGAUCUUCAGCGGAUCAGAGUUCCGCCUGAUGGAGAUAACGCGCCUGACCGAGUAUCGGCACGACGGCCACGUCGGGCCGCGCAAGGACUUGGGCGGCAAGUGGGACUGCACGCACUGGUGCGCGGGGGGAGUGCCCAACACGUGGCUUGACGUCAUGCAGGCAAUGCUGGACGCGUGACGACACGUGGCGCGUAUUUAUAGGGGGAUUUCACGGGUAGCGGUCACGUGAUGCCACCUACCAUGUCUCAUACUGACUUCUGCUACCGCAAGGAGCAAAUAAAACAAAACGCUGGAAGUCGGAGGUACGUGUGGUCUCUAAGUGAGUUUUGAGAGGUGCCGCAACUAUGAUGGAGCGGGAAGGGAUGCUGAGACACGUGGGGCGGGUUUCGUGUAGGCACGUCACAUGUUUUGGAUCGAAUAACGAACGGCUGGGUUGGAUUGCUUCUAUUCGAAAAACGAAUCUGUAAAGAACUGAAAGUAGUCGGGAAUGGAGUGAAAGCGAACAUGUCUUGGUCAAAAGGAGGUUGAUGUGGUUUACAAUUUGCACGUAGGGCGACUGCAGAUUGCCGCCCAGAUGAGCACCUGUAUACAUCGGACUAAGUCAGCAGCAGUCGUUAACGGACUGUCGUGUUAGGUAUUUUGUCUCAGUCGAGCCGCUGCAGCUAGCGUCAAGCAAACCAGGUUCCGGGUUCUACCCAUUUUGACGUACUAUUAGUCAUAUAGAGCCAUGUAAAUUAAGGUUGCAGAGUGACGUUGCCAGCUUUGUUAGGGUUUCCGGAAGCCCGCCGCGCAUCGACAACACUUUCAUGUACGCAAUGAUCUGGCAACAAACCUUGACUCUGAUCGAAGCGCU